AUGGCCUCUACCCGCAGCAUCCGCCGUACUCGUGCUACCGCCGAACCAGAAGCAACAAACACCAGUGAAGAAAACCGCGAAACGCGCACCCCUGCCACUGAAAGUGCGCAACAAGCAUCAACCUCUCCUAUGGAACCAGACUCUGAGCAUAGUUCAGAAGGGGACACCUCUUCUGAAGAUCUGAAUGCAAUUGAGGCCGAGAAGAUAGCUGUGACUAGGAGAAUUAAGAAGUUACAGGCUGAGAAGGAAUUGCGAGAACUCCAACACCGGUGCAAUACUUUACUGCAAGAAUUAGAUGAAACCAUCCCAGUCACCCGAAAUACACUCGAAGCGCAUCCGAACCAUGGUAGAGACGCAACUAGCGUGAAUUGUAACCGCGAAAACGCCACAAGCAUCCUCGGACCACCGGAACCUACCCUAAAACUUGGUAGCGAGAGUAUAAUGGAAAGAGGAAAUAAUAAACGAGUGCAUUACAUGUAA